ACUUUCUAUAAUAUUGUCCGUGUACUGUGUAGUUUUGUUGACAAUUUGACGUUCUGCUUUAUCGAUUUGGGAGCAGUAAACAACUGACAAAACCGUGCCAGUGGCUCAGUGCUCGUUGGUUACUAGUUAAGUUGACGCGUGCAGCGUGCGUCGAGUACAUUAAACGAUUAAACUUAGCAGUUUCUGAGACAUGGCCGCGUCUCAGAAACGUCUCGAGGACGAGAUAGCGGACGACGAAAAUUCAUCCGACGAGAAUGGACACGAUUCUGAAUCGUCAAACGGAUCUCACUUGUCUGCUGAUUCUAACUUGGAAACAAAGUCUGAUGAUGAGCCAACACCCAAACCAAAAAAAAAAACUACUUCGAAGAAAUCCAAGAAAAAUGCUGAAUUACCAGAAGACUCAGCUUCUGCCUUGCCUACAAGCUCUAACGCUGAUGUUGUUAAAGAGGACUCAACUUCAGAAAUUAAAUUAAAAUCUAUUCUGAAGAACUCCAAGAAAAAUAAUGACACACCAGCCGAGUCAAAAAGCAAAUUUAAUGAGUGUCCUGUAUGUUUGGGACCAGUUAUGUUCCCUGUUCGUACUCCAUGUGGUCAUGUCUUUUGUUUUCUGUGCAUAAAAGGAGCAGCUCGACAGGCUCGCAGGUGUCCAAUGUGUCGUCAGCAUAUACCUAACGAUUUUGACAAAAACCCUGUUAUUCUUGAACGGCAAGAAGUAGAAACACUUGAUGAUGGUUACCAAUGGUUUUAUGAAGGCAAAAAUGGCUGGUGGCAAUAUGAUAAGAGAACUUCUCAAGAAAUUGAACAUCGCUACAAGCUCAAUCUCACAAAAUUUGAUGUACUUAUUUGUGGUAUCAUGUAUACUAUUGAUCUCGAUCGCUAUGUGCAAUACAACAGAGAUCAUCCAGCAAGGAGAAGGAAUGUGAAACGAGAAAAUGCCAGUAACAUUGCUGUGAAGGGAAUAGCUGGUGUUCAUUAAUUACAUGUAUUUUCUGAUUUCUAUUUACAUAUUAUUAUAUUUAUUGUUCUUUAUUCAUUCAUGACACUAACUUUGAUGUUGAAUGGAGAUUUAAAUGUCUAUUUAGUAUUUUAUGUACUUAGUCAAGUUAAAUUUAUCAUUAUUAUUAAUAUUCUAUAUAUGUUCAUUUUAUGGUAAAUUUUGCUAAUUCAUAAAUGUUGUCAAUUUUAUUCUCAUUAUUUAUUUUAAGAUCUAGAUACUGAUAAUUUUAAAAGUUGUUUGAAUAUUUGUGAUUAAUUGAGAAUUUAUUUUUAUGAGUACAUUUAUAAAAAUGUAAUGUUUA